AUGAUUCUCGAUCACAGACAACUCCCCGUCGUGAGCACGCUAGACUUAGCCAUGUCCACGCCGGGUCAGGGCGCUCAGCCCACAGAGCCAUCGGCUCCUAAUCCAUCUUCCGUCGACAAUAACAGCAACGCCAGCCAACCUUCGUCUCCCGCUGAGAAUUCAUCACCAGCCCAACCCGCAACUUCGAACCCAGCUUCAAACAACAGUCCUUCGGCCACGCAGCCGAGCCCAUCCGCCGACGAAACACAACCAGCGACUAAUGACGCGAGCCAAGCAUCUGAUAAUGCCAGUGCCUCUGAAACAGCUGCUCCUGCGCCAACAUCGGACAAUGCAUCGCCUUCGUCCGACGAUCCCUUACCUUCACCGACAAGCUCCAGCAGAUCUACUCGAGCAAACCCAACUACUGAGGCGGCAGAGGCAUCUUCAACCGAUGACAGCAAUGACCGACAGAGCACUACGGAAGAGAGCGAGGCGUCUGCCACUGAAAUUACUACAUCUGAGGUUUUGUCGACUAUUGUUACCGUGACGGGUAGCCAGGGACCUGAAACGAGCAUUGUUUUGGUUACCGCGGUUCGUACUCAGAGAGUUACCGCUACCGAAGCCUCCGCUUCCGCUACCAGUACCGACAAUGCCGAUGCUAUCGGUGGUAGUGGGAGCGGAAAUGGCAGUGGUGGUCUGAGCCAGAAGAGCAAAGUUGCUAUCGGCGUUGCUGUGCCAAUUGCAGCGAUUGCCAUCCUUGCGCUCCUCGGUCUAUUCUGGUGGAAGAAGCGCAAAACUCGACGACAAGCCGAAGAGGAGCGACGAAAGGAAGUUGAAGAUUAUGCCUACAACCCCAACGCCGACCCCACAAUCCCUGCAGUUGGAAUGGCAGAUGGUGGCUACGAGAUGAGGGAAGAUGGCUCUUCCGGUUACCGUGGCUGGGGCAACACUACUCUUGGCUCUACUGGUCGCAAGGCUUCUACCACUCUGUCUGGUGGUGUCACUGGAGCCUACUCAGAUAUUACUUCGCCUACCCGGGGCAAUAUGUCAGACGGUCGCUCUGGCGAGCCUCUUAUGGAUGGCUCACACUCGCCAGAGGGCGAAAUUCUCGGAGCAAUGGGCCCGUCUGCUGCCAACAACCGGGGCGCAGAUGUACACCGUGGACCAUCCAACGCUUCCUCCUCUUACAGUGCUGCUGGCCGAUCCGAUGCUUCGGAUCCUAUGGGAGUACCAUAUGGCGCUGGUAACGGGUACUACGACCAAUACUCACAGAACCCCUAUAGUGAAAACGGGCCACAACAGGCAGUCAUUCGCGAUAACCCGGCACGACGAAACACACGCAUUGAGAACCCGUCUCACUACCCACAGCAGAGCGCGGGUAUUUCACAAAACUUUUAA